CACAACAUACCUAAAUUACAUUGCUAAUGUAUUGUCAACUUUGUCACGGCGGACGGUGUUUACAAAACUAACGAAAUACUGAAAUUCGUGAGAUAAAAAGGAAGCUGUGAAAGGUUUUACGGCGCGAAAAAUGUCCGCAGAGAAAAGGCGCAGCAGUGUUGAUAAUAAUGAAGAGGCUGAAGAAAGCGACGGUUGGAUAGGACCUAUGCCCGCAGAGGCAUCAAAACCUAAACCUAAAAAGAGGAAAGUGUUGGAGUUUGAAUCUCUGUACAUUGAGAACCUGCCGACGUCUGAGACCUAUGAGUUCAGUUACAUGCAUCGCGAUGUGGUCACGCAUGUUGUGGUCACUAAGACCGACUUCGUGAUCACCGCCAGCCAGGAUGGACACUUGAAGUUUUGGAAGAAACAGGAGGAGGGCAUAGAAUUUGUGAAGCAUUUCCGUUGCCACCUAGCUCCUAUUAGCCAUGUCGCUGCAAACACAACCGGCACACUGCUCUGCACCGCUUCACUGGAGAAGACUAUCAAGGUCUUUGAUGUUGUUAACUUUGAUAUGAUCAACAUGAUAUCCAUAGAAUUUGAGCCGUAUGUUGCUGAAUGGGUGCACUCGGCAGGGGAUCCUAUAUCUGCACUUGCUAUCUCAGAAAAGGCCAGCAACAAGAUCCACAUAUUCGACGGCACACAGACCUCAAGUACACCACUUUACACCUUCGAGACCCUCCACCAAGCUACAGUGACCACAAUUAAAUACAACCCAGUGUACGAAACAGCAGUAUCAGUCGACAAGGCCGGUAUCAUUGAAUACUGGACCGGGCCGAAACAUGAGUAUAAGUUCCCGAAAACAGUGAACUUUGGUUCUAAGUUAGACACCGAUUUGUAUGACUUUGUGAAGAAUAAGACUUAUCCCACUGCACUUGCGUUCUCGCCGGAUGGGAAGAAGAUGGCGUCUAUCAGCUUGGAUAGAAAGGUGCGUGUGUUCCAUUUCCUGUCAGGCAAACUCCACAAGGUGCUGGACGAGAGCCUGCAGCGCUUCCAGGAGCUGCAGCAUCAGACGCAGCAGCUGCCCAACAUGGAGUUCGGUAGACGCAUGGCAGCCGAACGCGACCUCGAGAAAUCCGACUCAGUUCACCUGGCGAACGUGCUGUUCGACACUUCAGGCCACUUCGUUAUCUACGCGACCAUGCUCGGCGUGAAGGUGGUCAACCUGGUGACGAAUAGAUGCGUCGCCAUGCUGGGGAAACCGGAGAACUUGAGGCCUCUGCAUCUGGCAUUGUUCCAGGGUCGAACAAACCAAUCGAAAGUGGCUACAACUCUCGAGAUGGAAGGCUCGGAGAACCCCACCCUGCUCAACGUGAAGAUAGACCCGACUCUCUUUUGCACGGCCUACAAGAAGAACCGGUUCUACAUGUUCUCCAGAAGAAGUCCUGACGACAUCAAGAGCCCUGAUGCUGACAGAGAUAUCUUUAAUGAAAAGCCUUCGAAAGAGGAUAUCAUUUCCGCUACCGAAGGACAAGGAGUACAACGUCUAUACGAGCAGGCGAUCCUCCACACGUCUCUCGGCGACGUGCACAUCCGUAUCUUCGGCAAGGACGUGCCGCGCACCGCGGAGAACUUCUGCGUGCACUCCCGGAAUGGAUACUAUAAUGGACACGUCUUCCAUAGAGUCAUUAAGGGUUUCAUGGUGCAGACUGGAGAUCCUACUGGCACGGGUACCGGAGGUGAGAGCAUAUGGGGCGGCGAGUUCGCGGACGAGUUCAAGCCGCACCUGAAGCACGACCGGCCCUACACCGUGAGCAUGGCCAACGCUGGGCCUAACAGCAAUGGCAGCCAGUUCUUCAUCACGCUGGCGCCCACGCCAUGGUUAGACAACAAACACACAGUCUUCGGUCGCGUAGUUCGCGGUAUGGAAGUGGUUCAAAACAUCGGAAGCGUCAAAACCAACCCCAAGACAGACAAACCCUACGAAGACGUCCGGAUCAUAUCAGUAACAGUCAAAUAAAUAACGAUAUUUUAUAGAAAAAUCUAUAUUUUAAGUUAUAUUUAAGUAAAUUGAUGAUGUGAUGUACAAAAUGAACUGUUGCAAUAAAAUAAAUCGAUGUUGUAAUAUUUUA